UGUGUGACUGAUUCUCUCUACCUGCCUCUCCUCAGAUUGACGAUGGCUGAAGCCCAGCUGUUUGUAUCUCAGGACGAGUUCACCUGCUCGGUGUGUCUGGACACCCUGACUGACCCCGUCUCAAUCCCCUGUGGUCAUAAUUUUUGCCUAAAGUGCCUCACAGACUGCUGGGAUCAGAGCCAAGAGUGCAGCUGUCCUCAGUGCAGAGAAAACUUUGCCACAAGGCCUGCUCUGCGAAGAAAUAAUCUGCUGAAUGAAUUCAUACAGAAAUUAAUUAAGACGACAAUAUGUCCUCCUCCUCCUCCUACAUCUCAGAAUUAUGCCGGCCCUGUAGAUGUGGAGUGUGACUUCUGUACUGGUAAAAAGUUCAGAGCAGUGAAGUCCUGUCUCUCCUGCCCGGCCUCCUACUGUCAGACUCACCUGCAGGCUCACUAUGAAGGAGACGCCCUGAAGCACCACAAGCUGGUUGAUCCUGAUAGAAAUCUCAAGGAGAAACUCUGUGAGAAACAUCAGAAAAGUCUGGAGAUAUUCUGUAAAACUGAUGAUUCCUGUAUUUGCACGAUGUGUGGAGUGACUGAACAUAAUGGACAUAAAAUGGUUGAGCUGGAAACAGAGAGGGAAGAAAAGCAGAAACAGCUGGGGGUGACACUGAGUGAUAUCAAGAGGGGACUUGAGGAGAGAGAGAAGACACUGAAGGAGACGAGGAGGGCAAUGGACGUGAUGAAGCUGCUUAAAGGGGACUUAACUCUACUGAAAGAAAACUCACACUGA